AUGACCGUCCGCAGCCUGCCGCCGGCAGCCCAGCUGUGCGGCGCGUAUGAGGUGCGCAGCCUGCAGCUGGGCGACGGCCGCAGCCUGGCGUACGCCGCCAUGGGCCCUCCCCUGGCCCAGGCCAAGCUGGUGUGCCUGUACCACCACGGCGUGCCCGCCAGCCUGGUGGAGGCGGAGCCGCUGGCGGCAGCCGGCGCCGGCCUGGGCGUGGCGGUGGUCGCCUUUGAUCGCCCCGGCAUGGGCGGCUCCACCGUCGACCCAGCCAUGAGCGUGGCCUCGGUGGUGGCCGACGCGGCGGCGCUGCUGGACCACCUGCAGCUGGCGGCGGCGGUGCAGGUGGGUGAGUCGGGCGGCGCGCCGUACGCCGCCGCCUUUGCCGCGCUGCGCCCCGAGCGCACGGCGCAGCUGCUGCUGCUGGCGGGGCUGGCGGCCACGCACGGCAGGCAGCACCGCCCGCUGCGCCGCUCGCUGUCGUCCAUGGACCGAUGGUGCAUGAGCCUGCGCGCCCUGGGAGCCUCCCACGUCAUCAACUCCCUGGUCAAGCUGGCCGCAAACAGGACGCCCAACAUGGUGAAGCGGGGCGCGGGCGGCACGCUGGGCCCCUGCGACGCCGCCUUUUUGCGCGGCAACGACGCCGCCAAGGACUGGCUGCUGCGCUUCACGCAGCGGGCCUACAUGAACGGCAUGCGCGGCGUGCUGCGCGACUAUCGCGUGCUGGCGGGAGACUGGGGCGUGGAUGUGGGCGCCGUGCAGGCCAGGACCGCCAUCUGGCAUGGCAGCGGCGACAGGAUUGUGCCCCCCCUGCACGCCGAGUAUUACGCUGACGCCAUCCCCGGCAGCCAGCUGCGGCUGGUGGAGGGCGAGGGCCACGUCAGCCUGGUGGGGCUCCACGGCGGCGAGAUCCUGGGCGAUGUGCUGCGCUGGGCUGAGGCCCGGGGCCAGCCUUCAGCCGAGGUGGUGGAGGUGGCGGCGGAGCCCGUGGCGCAGCCGGUGUUGCGAGCGAUAGAGGUGUGUGCCUAG